UGGCAACAACUCUGGAUCACCAAUUCGAUUUAUACAUUGCAGAUAUUGGCAUUGUUAAUACAUCUGUGCUUCCAUCUAAGCUUGAUGGAGCGAUGAAGGAAUUUAAAAGCUGGCGGAUAGCCACUGUCCAACUGAAGUCAGAGAUCGACCUCCCUUCUAUGAAGAAUCAAGAGGUACUAAUUUUCAUAACUCUAGACAACUGAUAAUGCACAAAUGAUUCAAAAUACAGCUCAGAAUAGUUUUUGCUCUCAAUGUGAGAAGGUAGGCUUCAAGUUUCUUAAAAAUAUUAAAAUUAUUUCAGGUUAGGAGAGAAUACAAGAAAGGAAUCUCUAAAAUUUAUAAGGAUGACAGAAUAGAGAAGAUAAAGAAGAUGGUCAACAAUACAAAACAGAAUGUCCUUCAGUUAUGUCAUAAGAUCUAUGAAGAGAUAGCUCAGGGUAAGAUCCCUACAAACUUUGUCCUUCCAAACCUGUCAAAUGAAGAUCUUGACAAAUGGCAGGAUAUCUAUUCUCAGGCGAUGAAGGAUAUAGCUAAGGAGAAGGGCAAGAGAGAGGCUUUUAAGGAGUACCAUGAUUUGCAGAAGAAACUUCAGGAGAUAUAUACUCUUAACUAUAAACUUCAUGACAGGAUUAAGAAAGUCCAGGAAAAUGAAUUCCAAACUGUAUCUGUCUCUGAUAUACAGAAUGAGCCAGAGGAGAGUUUUGAUCUUAAUUCUAUUGACAAAUUAAUAGAAGAAGAACCAAAAGAAGAAGAUGUAGCUGAAGAAACUAAGGUUUAUGAAAAAUCAGUACAUGAAGAGAUAGAAAUUGUUAAUGAGCCGGCCACUAAGAACUCUAGUGAUCAAGUCUGAAAGCCACCCAGUGCUUCUAAGGAUGUUGAGAUUCUUCAGAAUGUGGCCAAAUUUUCAAAGUCUGCUGUAAAUCUGCCUCACACAAUGCCUCUUAAUACUUACUCUCAGAAAGAGAGCAAGCCCGUCAAGCUGAGAUAUGAUCCUGAUUCCAGCUUGAAGGAUGAACAAGAAGAAUCGAUCAUCAGUAUCACAGAAAGUAACAAAGAGAUAAUCGCUGAAUUUGAAGAGUCUCCAGAUAAGAUUUUCAAGACUACUCAAAGAAGUGCUAGAAAGCAAAAUGAAGAACAGGUUAAUCUUCAGAGAAUGAUGCAGGCAAAUACUGAUGAAAAGUUGGAUGAAUACCAUCCCUUGCUCCAUGGGGGAGAUAAGUAUUCUUCCAUUACUCCUGACCCAGUAGAGAAAUUUAUUGAGAAUUAUCAAAAGAACUCUAAUGCAAAUACUGAAUCAUUCAAAACCCUCAAUUUUACCGAUAAAGUUUCUCACCAGGUAUUUUCUCCAGACGAGCUAGAAGAAGAGGAAGAGCCUCCUUCUGAAAGGAUUUCUAUGGAAAAGAAGAAAUCUGAAACUUCCACGUACUUAACAAAGAACUAUGAGAUGGAGAGUAAUUUCCAAGAACCAGAAGAAGCUUACUCAGUUCAUUAUGAUACAAAGAAUAUAACUACAAUAAAUGACUAUAAAGUAUAUCAGCUUGGUGAAGAUCUGGAGACUUAUUCCCUUAAUACUGGCUCUGUUACUCAUAGAGGGCAGGACAAGAAUAAAAGGUUUAUUUUUGAAGAUCCAGACCAAAAAGAAGCUUCUGAAGAAGAAAUUUCGAAGAAACCUGGAAAUUUCACACAAAGAAUUCCUAAUUCUCAGAAAAUGAAGCAAAGCUUGGGCUAUUUGAGGACACCUGAGAUUCUAAACAAGCAAGUUGCGAAGUCCAAAUCUCCCAGAAAUAUACCUGGACAGACUAACUACAAAGAAAUGGUGAAGACAAACAUAACCUCAUUUAGAGAGUCUAUAAUCAUGAAGAAGAUGAUGAACAGGGCUACCCAGAGCAGAAAGAGAGUCUCAAGUAAAUAAAUCUCGGAACAAGAAGAAGUCUCUCCCUUCAGGAAAGGAGAACAAGACAUCUGAUGGCUGAAUUAGUAAGAAGAAAAAGAGAGUUGAUAAUUAUCUGGCAAAGAUGAAGUCCUUCCAUAACUUUAAAUUAUCAUAAGAAAAUACAACGGG